AUGCCACCCAAGUUUGACCCUAACGAAAUUAGAGUCGUGUUUUUAAGGUACACUGGUGGUGAAGUUGGUGCCACAUCCACUCUGGCCCUCAAAAUUGGUCCCUUGGGUUUGUCUCCCAAAAAGGUUGGUGAUGACAUUGCCAAGGCAACUGGUGACUGGAAAGGGCUAAGGAUCAUAAUGAAACUUACCAUUCAGAACAGACAGGCCCAGAUUGAAGUUGUGCCUUCCGCUUCAGCCUUGAUCAUCAAAGCCCUAAAGGAACCUCCUAGGGACAGAAAGAAGCAGAAAAAUAUUAAACACAGUGGAAUGAUCAGUCUUGAUGAGAUCAUCAACAUUGCUCGACAGAUGAGCCACCUAUCCUUGGCAAGAGAGCUCUCUGGAACCAUUAAAGAGAUCCUUGGAACAGCCCAGUCUGUGGGAUGCAACUUUGAUGGCAGGCAUGCUCAUGAUGUUAUUGAUGACAUCAAUAGUGGUGCUGUGGAAUGCCCAGCAAGUUAA